UAAUAUCCAACUUUUGUAACCAGGAAGUGCAAGGGAGAGUUGCAAACCUGGUGGUGGUGAUGGCGUCGACCACUCAAGCCGAGCCUCCUAGCUUGGCAAUGGUGGCAAAGAAUGCUCCGGCAGUGGCCAUGGAUGCAAAACUUAUGGUGGCUGCUGACCGUGGCGAUUGCCAGCGGCUGAAGGAUCUACUGAACAAGGAGGACAUUAGCACGAUGGUGAUGGUGAUGGCGAGCGACCAGACUCCAGCGGCCAAGCCUUCCCCGGCGAGCAUGCAUCCGCUGCUGCUAGCAGCGGCAUGCAACGGCGAUCGGGAGAAAUUGCAUCAUCUUCUCAACUGCAGAAGCUUGGCAAAGCUGCGAUCUUCAGACGAUGUAGAAGAAGGCGCAAACAUGCAAACACCGUCCGCAGCGUCGCUUCUAGAGGAUGUCACGGUUGGAGUGGACACCGUGCUACAUGUGGUGGCCGCCAAUGGGGAUGGUGACAACUUCAAGGAGUGUGCGACCUUCAUUAAGGACAUGGCCAAACACCUCCUGUUAGCAGUAAAUAACAAUGGUGACACGCCAUUGCAUUGUGCUGCCAGGACUGGGAAAUCCCAAAUGGUUUCUCAUCUCAUUAAUCUAGCUAGAAGUGAAUAUGGUGACAAUAUAGUGAAGGACCUGCUGAGAAAAGAGAAUGAGAGUAAGGAAACGGUCUUGCACGAGGCUGUCCGCAUUGGAGAUAAUCCUCUCGUUGAACUGCUACUGACGACAGAUUCAGAAUUGGCUAGGUUUCCUGUAAAGGGCUCUUCACCAUUGUACCUCGCCGUGCUGCUAGAGAAGGAAGUCAUAGCACAAACACUACAUGAUAAGAGUAAAGAUAAAGACCUAUCGUAUUUGGGGCCAAAUGAGCAAAAUGCGUUGCACGCUGCGGUUCUUCGAAGCAAAGGUCUUACAGAAAAGCUGCUAGGAUGGAACAAGGACCUUGCUAAAGAAAGGGACGAAAACGGGAGCACGCCUCUUCAUUUUGCUGCUGCUACGCCAGUGCCGAGGUGGCGAAGAACUGUAGGAUGUCUGCAAGUAUUCAACGCUAACCCGGACGCACUGUAUCAAUCAGAUUGCAAUGGAUUAUUCCCCGUACAUGUCGCUGCAUCUGUUGGUGAAUGGUCAAACGUCGCAAUGUUUGUUAAGAGGUGUCCUAGUAGCGCCGGUUUGCGUGAUGCUAAGGGGAGGACUUUCCUUCAAGUUGCUGUAGAGAAAAAGAAAAGGAGGUUGGUCAGUUAUGCUUGCAGCAAUCGAUCGCUGGCAUGGAUUUGGAAUCUGCAAGACAACGAUGGCAACACUGCAUUGCACCAAGCUGUCCAGGAAGGGAGUCUUUUUAUGUUUCGCGCUCUACUUGGGAGACGGGAAGUAAGUUUGAAUUUAACAAAUGCAAAAGGGCAAAAUCCUCUAGAUAUUGCACGGUAUAAGAUUCCCCCAGGGAUGCAUUAUAAUCUGAACCCCGCUAACUGGAUACACUUGUCACUCGUUUAUGCCGGCGCUAAGAAUGGUGUUUCUCGCGAGGACCAUUUUAAUGAAAAAUAUGAAGAUAUUCAUAGAGUAAAAUCAGAUUAUGAUAUCAAAGAAUUGGAUAACUUGAAAGAUUUGACACAAAAUCUGUCUAUUGGCUCUGUUUUAAUUGCAACUGUGACAUUCGGUGCAACUUUUGCCCUGCCUGGUGGAUACAUACAAGAUGAUCACCCAAAUGGAGGUACACCAACACUUGCUGGGAGCUAUGCUUUUGAUGCAUUCAUGAUGGCCAACGCAUUAGCUUUCAUUUGUUCCUCGAUAGCUACUUUUGGUCUCAGGUACUCUGGAACUUCCAUGGUCCACUUGACGAGCCGCAAAGUGUACCUACGCGCAUCCUCAUAUUUCAUGGAGACUUCCAUCACUGCCUUGACAGCUGCCUUUGCAUUAGGCGUCUAUACGGUGUUAGCUCCUGUUGCUCGUAAGACUGCCAUUGGGAUCUGUGCCAUGAGCCCUCUUGUAGUUCUAUCGAAAGAAGUGGAAUUUUGGUGGAAAUUGGCUCUUCUUUUGAGGCCAUACUGGAUUAGAAGGGGGCCAGUUCGGACAUUUGGAACGUUAUCUUUUGCAGUUGGGGUAAAAAUAUUCCUCAAAGGUUGGCCUUUAUUAUUCAUAUUACUACUUAUGAAAGCAGGGAGUGUCGGUGGCUACGUAGGCUAUCCACGUCGGCCAAAAUUGAUUCCACCGCUCGAUGUGUAUCGUUUGGCUCGGCUCGUGUGCGGAGAUGGCGCUGGACUGGCUUCGUUGGCGGAGCCUCCCGCACUCGCGUUCCGCGCUGCGCUAGGCUCAGCUCGUGUGCGGGGCUUCCCGAGCGAAGAACAAGCUGAAGGAAUUGCUUACAGCGUGCUUCCGUUAGACACAUUUGCGGAGAACAAGUUGAAGGAAUUGCUUAUAGGGUUCUUCCGUUACACAGCGGAGAACAAGUUGAAGGAAUUGCUUACAGGGUUCUUCCGUUACACAGGUUUGUCAAUGCAGCCGCAUGCAGUUCAGGCGUACCAAGAAACUGAUCCUUCAACAUCAACGCUAGAUGGUAAUAGAAUAUCAUUAGAAUGUGGCCACUUCAGCCAAGAUUACAUCGAUGCUCUAAAAGAGAUCUCUGAAACAUUGGUUUUUGAGCCUGGCCAAAAAUCCACGGAUAGGGCCGACAUCGUUGUGCGAGUGUAUCAUAUGAAGCUUGAAGAACUUCUAGAGGACAUAAAAAAAGGUGUGGUUUUUGGGCCGAUUAACGCAGAAAUUCCUGAUCCAAAACUUGAUCCCCUGGGUUAUGUAUUGGUUGCUGAACAUAUGACGCAUGGCCCAUGCGGUGAGACCCAUCAGGACAGCCCCUGCAUGAAAAACAAUAAAUGUUCAAAACGAUACCCAAAACCUUUUCAUGCUGAGACCACUAUUGAUGAAAAUGGCUUUGCAAUAUACAAAAGAUCUGAUAAUAACAUGUACAUCCAAAAAGGAAAUGUAAAGUUCAACAACAGAUGGAUAGUGCCUUACAAUAUGCAUUUACUUAAGAAAUUUCAAGCGCACAUCAAUGUAGAAUGGUGCAACAAAAGCAUUUUCAUCAAAUACCUAUUCAAGUAUGUGACAAAGGGUCCAGACUGCGGCAAAGUUUAUAUUGAAAAAAUAAGGAAUGGGCAGGAUGUACCAUAUGAUGACGAAACACAAACUACAAAUGAGGUUAAAGAAUACCUAGAUUGCCGCUACAUCUGUGAACAAGAUGCAUGCUGGCGUAUUUUUGGCUUUGACAUACAUAGACACUUUCCAUCUGUGGAGAGAUUGCCUGUACAUUUGCCAAAUGAAAAUAAUAUAACAUACAAUGCUAAUGCUAAUUUAGCAGAUAUCAUCUCUGUAGAAUUCCUGCGUAGAACCAUGCUAACUGAAUGGUUCACAGCCAAUCAAAUACAUCCUCAAGCAAGACAGCUAACAUACUGUGAAUUCCCCUCAAAAUGGCGUUGGGAUGAAACAUCAAGAGCAUGGAAACCAAGGCAAAUAGGAACAAAAAUAGGACGGCUAUAUUAUGUACAUCCAUCUGUUGGCGAACGAUAUUACCUUAGAAUGUUGUUAAUGGUUGUUAAAGGCGCUCAGAAUUAUGAUGAUGUCAAAACACACAACGGUGUCACAUAUGCAACAUUUAAAGAAGCAUGCAAUGCUCGUGGCCUCCUUGGUGAUGACCAAGAAUGGUAUAAUGCUUUUGACGAAGCAGCAUCAUGGGCUACUUCUGCACAACUUAGGCAAUUGUUUGUUACAAUGCUUCUUUUUUGCGAGGUUAACGACGAACAUACAUUCUUUGAAAAAGUUUGGCGAGCAUUAGUUGAUGAUAUCCAAUAUAGAUUCAGACAAGUUGUUGGCAACCCAAGCUAUCAACUAUCUGACAAUGAAUUAAGAGACUAUUUACUUGAUGACCUAUCUACACUAUUUGCAAAGAAUGGAGGGAGAAUGAGAGAUUAUAACUUACCACAUAGAUCAAAUCCAUCUCAUGUAGCAUAUGGAAAUCGACUUAUUGAUGAAGAACUUUCAUACGACAAUGAACAUUUGUUGCUUGAAUCUGAUCCCCUACUUUCAAAUCUUAAUGACGAACAACGUCAAGCUUUUGAUACUAUAACAAAUGCAGUACUAAAUAAUACAUGCGGCUUCUUUUUUGUUUCUGGUUAUGGAGGCACUGGUAAAACCUAUUUAUGGAAUGCUAUAGUUGCAUACCUAUGA